CCCCCCACCCCCACCAGUUCCUCUCCUAUCUCUAUUUACCAUCUCUCUCUUUAUUUGGAGUUAGUGUGGCAAGUAUUUGGCAGCAAAACUUUGGGCAAGUUGAAGUCAGAAGAAAAUGCCUAGUUCAGGGUCAUUUCUGAGGCAGUUAAGUGGAAAAGAAGGUUGGAAAUCAACAUCCCGGAGGUGGGGAGGGAACAACAAGUAUAACAACGUUUCUGGGUAUGGUUGUGGUGGGUUUGAGGCAAGUUUAACUCAGAUUGAAGGGCUUAACAUGUAUGGCAAUGGGGUUGAUAAUGGGUUGGUGUUAAGGAAGAGAGUGAUGAUUGUAGUGGAUGAAAGCUCACAUUCUAAGCAUGCAAUGAUUUGGGCACUCAGUCAUGUAGCUAACAAGGCUGAUUUGCUUACUUUACUUCAUGUUGUUCCUCCAUUACACUCUUCUUCUCCUUCUCCUUACUUUGCUAACUCUCUUGGCUCACUUUGCAAGGCCUGCAAACCUGAGGUACAAGUGGAAGCACUGGUUAUCCAAGGGCCAAAGCUGGCAACAGUGAUGAGCCAAGUGAAGAAGCUUGAGGUUUCAGUGCUGGUGCUGGGUCAAAAAAGGCCUGCUCCGUUCCUAAACUGUAUUUGCGGCGGGAGCAGUGGCGGUGACGACUUCGUUGAGCGGUGUAUCAACAGUGCAGAUUGUUUAACCAUUGGGGUUAAGAGGCAGAGCAGAGGAGUAGGUGGGUAUCUUGUCAGCACCAGAUGGCAGAAGGAUUUCUGGCUCUUAGCUUAAUCUUAUAAGUUAUUUAUUAACUAAUUAUAGUUAAGUCUAAUGUUGGAGUUUAUGAAGUGACUGUAAUAAUAUUUAUGAUUAGCUACUGAUAUAGUUGUACUAUUCACCUGAUGUUUGUAUAAUCACUGCUUACCGGGUUGCCUUU